AUGUCGUCGGAAAACAAGGUGAGGAUUUUUAAUUUUUUUAUUUUAAAUCCGUAGUUUUACUGUAUUACUAUUGAGCAUCAAACUCCAAUCCAUAUGGAUUUACUUUCCGCUUGAACGCCCCUCAUCAACAAAUGUAUUAUUCAUGAUAUUUUGUAGUGGUCUUGCUAAAAUUUGAAUAAAUAAAUACAGAACACUUGAGUGCCAUUGUGAUCACGUUUGUAUGAUAAUUUUUAAUUGUUUGUAUGCUAUUUUAUAUUAAAAGCCAAAACCAUUUAAAGUUUGGAAUGCCAAACGGGAGAAAAAAGUGUCCGUGGUGGCCAGAUCAGUAAAGGAAAUUGUUGGGAAAGGUAAAAUAUUUUGCACAUGGUCAAUGAUUGUAUUGUUAUAUAUUUUGCAUUUAUAUUUGCUCUCAAAUAUUUAAUUAUUUCAGUUACAGUAUCUAUGCACUGAGUUUAUUUAUAAUAUAAAACACCAUAAAUAAAUUUAAAAUGUGAAAAAUUUUAUUCAUAAAAAAUAAACAUGUAUGCCCUAUUAAAAUCAGCACAUACUGUAUUUAAUACAAACUUGCACUGUAAGUGGAAGAGAAGUAAAGACACGCCUUGUGCCUAUUUCAGGUUUUAUUGUCAAGGCAUGGUUCACUGGUCAGAUUUAAUAUUCUGUCUAUAUAAUUUCUGAUCCUCCUCUUCACUCAUGACAGAUGUGAUCCAUUGGAUUAGUGGACAACAGUAUUAUUAGGCUGUUGCUUCAUACUUGGAAAAAUGUGUAACUGUUGCUGUAUUAUGUGAUUUUAAUCAUAUUUAUAAUAGAAGGGAGAAUGGGUCAUUCCAGAAAACAUCCAUACCACCCCCACAAAGGAAAUAGGGAGUUAACCCCCCCUACCCCCUUCGGAUGUCCUAAUACAUUUACUAUUAUCAGAAAUUUCCUCCGUGGGGGGAGUGUGGAUCUUUUCUGGAACGACCCAAUACAAUAUAUUCACUCAAGCAAUAUACAGUACAGUGCAUGCAAAUAUAUAUAUUUUGGACCAUUUUCAAGGUCAAAAUUUUUAUUGUAGAUUCCUUGUAUUUGAUAAUGUUGUGCAUAAUUCAGUUGUCAUAUAUUAAAGAUCGGUCCUUCUAUUUCAGGGGCUGUAAAACUGGUGUUUUCAGGUGAAAACACAGCCAUAUACACACUGGUGUUGGAAUCAGAUGGGACAGAAGUUGAUGAAGAAUAUUUUCUUUUUGUUGAAUCAAAUACAACGCUCAUUCUCCUUCGACCAGGAGAAAAAUGGGAGCAGUUCCAUCAAGGUAUAUGAAAGCGUGAUGAAGUUAUCAGUGUAUAAUGAUUUACUAUGAUAUUAAGAAUGUUACCCUCUUUAAAUAUAAAACUUUUUUAUUAUAACAAGAUGCCUGCUCAGGCGUUUGCAAUGGCCGAAAAAUGACGGCAUGCAGGGUUCCCAAUAGAAUUUGGAGUAGGAGGCUUUUCGAAAGAAGUAAACGGCUAUGCGGUGCUGAAGGUACCUCACCGAGGAGGUUUCGAUGGCAUCUUCCUGUGAAGAUUUUUUUAAAAUUUAGAUUUUUACCGUCUAUGGUGUAGACAAUCACUGGCUAUUUCUUCAGAUUAUAAACCAAAGUAUUUCCUCCUUACCAAUGAAAUGCUUUACAGUUUUCAACUUACCUUAUAUUCUGUUAUUUGUUGUGAUUUUGGAGCCGUUGUGCUCGCACUGAUUAUUUAUCAAUUAUCAGGCUUUAAUAUCGAAAUACUCGAUUUUUAUAUACUCAAACUGAAACGGAGCCAUUGUGCCCAUAGUUUUUCAAAACUUCAAAACUACUGUACUGCACAUUUUGUAAAUAACAUGAAAUAUAAAUAUCAAACAAAAUUUGAAUUAUAAAUAGUAUUUAUACAUACUAUUGAAAUGUAAUACAAUGAAAUAGCAACCAUUGUGAAGUAUGCAUAAGAUUCAAUAUAGCGUAAAUUAACUCAUUUCAAUCGCUCAAACGUCAAAAUGACUAAUAAUAAUUUUCAAUCGAUUAUAGUAAUUCACCUUUAAAAAGUUACAAUAAAGCUAAAUCUAAAGGAAUUAACGUUACUUAGCUAUAAAUUUGUAAAGGAAAUCUAACAGUUAAUCACUUUUGAUAAAACCUUGACCUUAAUAAUGUUAUUAUUACCGUCACUUGCAACUAACUAUUAACGAUGGCUUAUAAAAAAAUAUUGCCUAUUCGUGUGUUUCUGCUGGGGUCUACACCGUAGGCUAAUUCGCGAAAGAAUCUUAAGUUUUCUUAUUUUGACAUAAUAGCUAUUUUUCAAUAAAUAUAUUGAUUUUAAACUUAUUGAAUCAAUAUUUUAAGUUGUACCAAAGGUUAUAAGCGCUAUAGCGCAUCAUAUUAAAGUUUUAGAUGGCAUGCAACAUGUACGCACUGCGUACCUAUUUUGUAACUUGCUAUAGACUUGUAUGUGCAUGUAGUAAUUGAUGUACCAGUACAUGGAUGUACCAGUACAUGGAUGUACCAGUACAUGAAUGUACCAUCCAGGUCUAUAUAUAGGAUGUUAGGAACUUGCCUAUACGUUACAUAUAGAAAACUUUUUUCCAACCAGCUGUAGGUCAAAAAUUGGACAAGGUCAACGAAGUUUUAUCAUGUGAAUCAAAGUCUUCAACAAGGACUGGCCAACGAACUCUUAUAGUAUCAAACAACAGUUUGCAGCUUGGGGGUGAAAUAGAGGUAUAAUUUAUAACCUUCACUUUAAUUUUAGUGUAAUCAGAGGCCACAGAAGUGGUCGAAAAGUUGGAGGACACUGAUACAGUAAAAAAGGCACUUUUGAAUACGAAUAAAAUUAAUGAGAUACCAUUGUUACCAUGCUCUGUACUACAUAGCGAAACACAUGAAAUGAAAUAAUUCAAAGAUUGACAUACAUGAAAGUUUAAUAAAAUCCUAGUAUAUUACUUCUUGUAUGGGUCGUUUCACAUAGAAUAGUUUCACUUCAACAACAAAUCUUACAUGUAUGAAUCCCAUGACAGGGGAUUUUCAUGUGAUCUAAAUCGUGCACACAUGUGUUUCACAGUUUUGUAAAACGAACCGAUAUCCAGAUCAAACUUCUUAGUUGUUGUUUCUUUCCUAAGGCUGUUCAUAAAGAAUCUCCAACAGCAAAUGUAAAAAUUGAGCUUUCCAAGUUAGCUGAAGAAAGCACCAUUUUCAAGUGUCCCAAUCCAACAAGCUACAUGAAGAAGGUGAACGAUGCUAGCAUGCAACUUGCCAAAGAAGAUGUUAAGCUUUUACAGAAAAAGGGAGAGUUAUUUGAGCUUGCUAAAAAAAGGGUUCACGAGAUGGGGUAUUCAUAUGCUAAGUGUUCCUUAAGAUCAAAAGUGUUUGGCAACUGCAGUUCUGAAUCCUCGACAGUAAGUACCAAGAGGAAGUAUAUUUCCACCACUGCACGAGAAGAACGUAUUGACGAACUAUCAGAAUCUGUAAAAUCUGUUUCGGAGACCAUUCAGCUGCUACUAAAGCAAAAAGAACAGUAUGCCAAUGUAAAUAAGUUCCAGCAAGCUGCAGAUGUCAAUGCAUCUAUAAUGGAGAAAAUGAGCGAAAAACGAAAGUUAGAGAAGGAGUUGAGAGCUUUACAGGAAGCAAGAGAAAAGUCCAGAAAUUACAAAAAGAAAAAGAGUUCUCACAGCCUCAGAAAAGGUGAUUCCGAUUCACAGAAUCAAAGGCAACUAUCUUGGAGUGAAAGCAGCAAGUCACAUAGCAGUGAAAAAAGUGGAGAGAGUAGUGGUGGUGAUACCGUUGUAUUGUCGGAUAGCGAGUUGAUUCCAAAAAAUGAUCAAGUCAUAACAGUAGAAGAUGGCUCAAAUGAGGAACCAGAAAACCAGUUGGACAAUAAUGCUCGUGACGCCUCCAGCUUGAAGAAACAGGUUGGGGCAAUUAUUGCAGCCUACAGUGAAAUCGUUGAAGAGUCUACCAAGGUGCCAGAAAAUUCAUGUGCCAAAACUGCUGAACAGCCACAAAAUUUUUGAAACGGGCCAAAGUAGGAUGCUCUAACCCUACUUUGGUAAUUGAAAAACAAAGAACUCCAUUAGAUAUGUGUUAUUUGAAGUAUAAAAAAUACAGUGACGUUAAGUUAAGUGAUAACUACAAACUUGGUAAAAUUUAUGUUUCCCAUAUUAAGGACAUGACGCUGGAGGAAUUUGUUGAAGCGCGACAAAUUCAUUGUGGUUUACAAAGACACUCAUCGGAUUGUUAUUGUAAUUCACUAAUUGAAGCUGCAAAAGAAAUUAUUAGUGGUGGAAUUUGUCCACUCGCGUUACUCUAUAAGACACGAUUUAAUCAACAAUACAAGACUGACAAAGCUGUUCGACAACUCAUGCAAUUGCCUGUUGUAAUAUUUCCUAUCAAAAGUAAAUUAUACGUAACAAGAUACAGUAGUGGAACAAACUACGUCAAAAUUUAUUGAGUUAUUGGAGAAUUUAGUGCCUGAUAGUAAAUGCGAGAGUAUAAAUAAGGAAGAACUCAAACUUUUAUGCAGUUUAGCUACCAAUGAAAAAGAUAAGAAAUUAAUCAGAGUUGCAGCUAGUUCGCAUCUUUCAGCUACGCAAUCUAAGGCCAAAUUAGGAAUAGACGAUAUAAAUUCCGAAAGAGAGGCAGUGUAUGCAGCUGUUAAAGAGCUGCAAGUAAUUAGAGAAGCUGUAGAUGAACUUGCAAUGUGCAAAGAAAACGUAAUUAUUGGAGAUUUACUUAUGAACGAACAGGACUCUGGAAGUGGCUCGGAUUCAGACGAAUUAAGUAGCGUGGAAGUCGAGGAGCAGCCAAAUAUAACCUGUUCGUCUAGCGAACUGGGAUUUAAUAAAACGAAGAACGGUCCCGAGUGCAAGCUAUCCAGUGAACAACUGUUGGAUUUGCUAAAGAAAGCAAAGUGUAACUGGUUUCUGUUCGUUACUGAAUGUCGGUUACGGUUUCAAGGGAUAGGAGAAAGUGAUGUCAUGUUAGACAGCUUUAUCGAGAACGUGAAUGAAUGUCUUUUGACUGAAAAAGAGAAAACAGAUUUACAACAAUCGAGGGAAGCAUACAGGGCACUGGAAAAUGAAAACAUUGGUAAUUAUGAUGAAGAUGAAGUCCAUACAGACUCUGAGAGUGACGACCCAGAAGACUGGCUAAAGAUUUCCCAAGAAGGAUCAUUCCCUGAAACUUUAAUGAAGAAAAUCUCUAAACAGAAAGCGAUUAUCUACAGAUGGAAGAAACGGAGGAUAGCAAAAAUAGUUGCAAGCAAGUGCUUACUGGGACGUAAAGUUCCUCCACGAGUGAGCAAGACUCUAGCAAAGUACCCGAACAUCGGUAAGGACAUUGAACGAUUUGCGCGAGAGAACAGGAUAGGUGCGGAUUCCUGGAGACGCACAGGUUUGCUUACAUUCUCUGGUAAUACCAAGAAAGGUCCGAAGUUAACGUAUAACAGGAUUCGCAAAUACUUAGAAGAUAAAUAUAAAACAAAGUUUUCAUAUGGCACAACAGUGCAACUUUGCUGUGCGAGGAACAAAAGACGGCAGUCAGCAAAACGAUACUGGGGUGCUGCAAAACUGGUUUCAAGACGUGCUAGAAAAGGUUUUAAUGUGAAGUUAAACGUGGACGCACACUGGAGUUGUUCGUUCUACAAGAAUUUAGAUUUUGUGCAACUAAAAGAUGGCUUAAAUAAGGUAAUGUUAAACCGCGAUGAUGCUGCAGGAUUUCGUCUCGAUACGACUUUUACUCACAAGCAAAAGACAAUCCUGGCUGAAAAAGGGAACCCGGAGCUAACAACCCGAACCGAUUAUUUGAAUAAAUAUUCAUCAGUGUUGCAAACCAGCUCUUAUAUGUUUCUCGAAACUGACAAUACACCAAUUGGAUGUUUUGGAGUCAUAAAACCGCAUGACGUCUUUCCCAAGAAUCCCUCCCAGCAUGCCGCGGACUUAGAAAUGCUUGAGAGCAACCAGUUGUCCACACCGUUUCUUUCAGAUAGAAAUAUUGACUGUAUAAGAGUAGACGGAGGAGUAGACGAAGGACCGAGCCAUGUGGAAGUACAGUUCGUUUGGGCAGAGCGUCAUUUCAAAAAAGAUAAAGUUUGCACAAUUGUUACAUCUAGGUUUUCUGGAGGAAGUUACUUAAACAAGGUGGAACUCCAAAAUGGAUGUUUGUCCAUAGGGCAUUCACAUCUUUUUAUCCCAUCCACCAUCCAUGGUUCAAAUGUAGAUUCAAUGGGUCAAAUUAGUAAAGAGCAACAGAGAAAGAAUUUAGAAGCUGCUAUGAAUGUAUAUAUAUCCGCCGUUGAUGGUGCUUCGUGUUGUGGAGCAAAAAUUCACCUCUUUAAAGGUGCGACAGGGUCAACAGCAGCCGCUCACCAAGAAAGACGGGAGAAGCUCCUUGUAUUUUUGCGGGGAACAAAACAGAACAAAGCGUUAUUAGCAAGGGAAGAUCCGGAGUUAUAUCAGUAUUUCGAAAUGAUUGGAAUAUUCGAAAUCGACAUAUGGUGAAAGAUAUCCCACAAAACUAUGUGUUCAUGCUGCCCAUGUUUCGAAAAGAAUUGUCCGCACAAGGUGUGCAAGCAGGGUAAAAAACAGUGGAUCUGGUACGAUGGAGGUCCAAAUCUUUCAGUGCUGCCACUCCCUGUUCCAGACCCUCAACGACCAUGGGGUGGUUCAUGCAAAUCAUGUCCAGAUUUCUGUGCUGGCCAUUAUUUAUCUCCAGAAAGUGUUAUCGACCAGGUGAAGAAACAUGGAAUCAAAUCGUGCCUCAAACCGCCAUCAUAUGUAAUCAAAUCAUCCAUACAGAGAAAUGCUGAUCCCAGUGAAAACGACGUUCAGAGUUUGGCAAAAGAGUGUCUUUUAAGUGUGUCUGAUACCCUUUACUUGGUGGACCAUUUCAAGGCCAUUCAAAAGAGGAAGGAACUUAAGAAAGCCAAAAAACUUGAAAAGCGAAGGAGCACUGAUAGAGGUACAUGUAAUUAAGUAAUACGAUUUUUGAGUAUUUAAGAUUUAAGUAAUUAAGAUUUUUUUAAAUAUAUAUGUUUAAAAAUGCUGUAAAGUCCGUUCUGCGCAGGCCUACAUUCAUUUACAAGCAUAGCGACCAGAAAAGUGUUAAUAAUUCAGUAGCACUGAGUUGAAAAUGUAAACAAAGCGUUGGCUUACAACAUACGGACUUUACAGCAUCUUUAAAUAAAAAAUAUGUGAAUUUUCUUCAUUGUGUGUUACAGCUAUGGAUGAAAAUGAUCUGGGUGAUGAUGAUGAUGACGACGAUGACAGUGAAGACCUCAUGCUGUAUUGUUUUUGUCAGAAAGAAGAACACAGGUAAAUAUGCAACUUCAUGCAAAUAAUUUAAAUAGUAGUUUGUUGAUUUUGCUUCUUGUGAAAUUCACAUUACAAUGUUCGUUUUUUUAGAUUUAUGAUACAAUGUGACGGUUGUGACUGCUGGUACCAUGGUGAAUGCGUGGACGUAACUGAACAACAAGCCGAAACAAUGGAGACAUAUCUUUGCAUGUUAUGUAAUAAUUGA